AUGUGGCAAGGAGUUGUAGCUGAAAGAAGGAUAUCCAAGAGACUGAAGCUUGUCAAAAAGGUUCGGGAGCACUAUGUCAGAAGUGAUGUGCCUUGUGGAUUUGAAUGCUGUGGAGGAGUAUGUAGGGAGAACAAGAGGACUUCCAUCUUUGUGAUUCCUGAUGCAAAUGUCAUGGUCAAAUACAGAGCACUUCUCAAAAGUGAUUAUGUUGCAGCAGUAAUAUGCCAGUCUGCCCUUGAGGAGCUCUCUCGGAAUGACGAAAGAGGCAUAAGAGAUGUUGCAAGAGAGAAAGGAUAUGCAGUGUUUUGUGACAAUUUUUGCGAAUUGACCUAUGGAAAGGGGCUUGAGGGGGUCCUGGAGUUCUACAGGAACCACUUACCUCAACACAACUUUAUGAUCCUGGACAUGAAAAGCAUCUUGGAGUAUGGAAAGUAUGUCUCUGAUGACAUCAAAGACCUUCUGGACAGUGUUGAUGAGAAAGAUGCAACUGAAUAUGAGGAGUACAAAGAGAAUCUGGACAUCCAAUAUGGAAGGAAGGGACUGUACAAAGGAACACUUGAAGUCAGCAUGUACAAUUGCUAUAGCGGAUUUGUGAUAGAUGGAGAUGUUAAGAUUCUUGUUGUUGGAAAGAAGAAUAUGAACAGGGCUAUAAGUGGAGAUGAGGUUUAUGUCGAAGUUGUGGAUGAGUGUGAUGAAGAUGGAAUACUAGUGGACAAUGAGGAGGGGUCUAGAGGAACUGGAAAGAGGAAGGAAGGAAAAGACCUUUUUGGAAAGGUUGUUGGGAUCUACAGAAGGAAAUGCAGAGAGGUUGUGGGAACCAUAUCCAAAAGAACGAUUCAAGGAAAUGGAGUUCAGAAUGUGCUGGUUAUUCCUAUUGACAAAAGGAUACCAGCUGUUAGGAUAAGAACAAGCCAAGUUGAAGAGCUGGUAAACAAGAGGCUCUGUGUUGAGAUUGAUGGAUGGGAAAGGACAAGUAACUAUCCGAUAGGGCAUUACUAUAAAAGACUAGGGAAUAUUGGGGACAAAAAGGCGGAGAUGGAAGCAAUACUUGUUGCAAAUGGAAUAACUUAUUAUGACAAAAGCUGGGAUGAUAUGCUUGGAACUUCUUGGAUGGAUAAGGAGUGGGAUAAUAUGAACAGAAUAUAUCAGGAGGUCGAAGAGGGGACCAGAGAGGACUUCCGAGAACUAGUUAUUAUGAGCAUUGACCCUCCAGGGUGUGAAGACAUCGAUGAUGCACUUCAUUGGCGAGUUCUACCGAACGGGAAUUUGGAGGUAGGGGUCCACAUUGCAGAUGUUGCAUAUUAUGUCCACAAAGACUCCAAGGUAGAUAAGAUAGCAGCCGAUAGAGGGACAACCGUUUAUUUGCCUGAAUGGCGCAUUGAUAUGCUACCCCCUAAUCUAAGCACGGAUAUAUGUAGCUUGGUUGCCGGAAAGGAUAGACCAGCCUUUUCUGUUGUUUGGGAGAUGUCUAAGGAUGCAAAGAUUUUAAGAACACACUUCUGCAGAUCACUGAUAAGGUCCCGGAAGGCAUUCAGCUAUAAAGAAGCAUAUGAUGUCAUUAAGGGGGCUACAGACAAUGGAGAUGGAACAUCUGAUUCCUUGGUGGGGCUCCUGGAGAUAAGUAGGAUUCUACGGAAUGGUAGGCUUAGCAAAGGCUCAUUAGAUCUAAGCACGAAGCAGGUUAUGUUCCGGGAAGGAGGGUUUGAAGUGAAGGAAUACUUCCCAACCAACUUUCUUGUUGAAGAGUUUAUGAUCCUUGCAAAUAUCUCUGUCGCUUUGUUCAUUUAUCAUCAUCAUCCGGAUUCUUCAUUACUUAGGAAGCACCCUCCUCCAUCGGUACUGGACAUGCCUGUUGAUAUUGGCACAUCCACAUCCAAGGGCCUUGGAGAGGUUUUGGGUAGGAUGGAUGGAAUCAAGAAGGACCUUAUGAAAAGGAUGCUGGUUAAGUCCAUGAACCAAGCAGUGUAUGUUAUAUCAGGGGAGGCCUCCAACUUCUAUCAUUACGGGCUUGCGACACCUAUGUAUACCCAUUUCACCUCCCCCAUAAGAAGAUAUGCCGACAUUGUAGUUCAUAGGAUUCUAGGCAGUAUUCUUCAGACGGCAAAGCCUGAGGAGAUGGAAAUAAGAAAGUUAGGGGCUGUGACCUUUAAGCCAAGAAAGAACUUUAAUGAAGAGGCUCCAAAUCAAGCCUUUGCUGAUGAGAGCAUAUGUAGAAACAUGAACUCCCGGUACAGAUCUGCUAAGAAAGCAUCCUGGGAGUGUGACAAAGUAAUCAUUUAUGCAAUACUUAGGGAUAAAGAACCCGUUACCGAGGGGUUUGUCACAAGUAUCAAAUCAAAUGGAGUGGUUGUGUAUGUUCCAGAAUAUAAUCUCGAGGAGGUUAUAGUCUCGGAAGAAAGCUUUGAGAUGUUCCAGAAGAUCUGGGUUAGGAUCCUAAGGAAUGAUGAAAGAUUCUUUUUGAGAAGAAGAUUCACAUUUGAAAUCACUGAACCUUUACUCCCAUCAUAA